CGCCAUGACAGGUCACGUGAUGUAAAUUUUUGUCGGGCAUGCGCGCAUCGCUGAAUUUUUCAAGUGAUUUUGAAAAACGUUGAGACUGUUUUUACGCGAUUAAAAUAUACAAUAAAUCCUCAUUGUGCUGUCGUUUUGCUAUUACAAUACGUAAAUUAGUUGUGAUCGUUGAAAUGUGAGUGUGAUGUGUUGAUUUGUGUAAGGAAGUUUUUGUUUCCAAAAGGUCGAUCUCGGAUGGCUAUGUCCUCUUCAAAGCCAUCGUAUCCGAAACCAUGUGACGAACGUUCCAGUGCCUGAUGAACCAAUAUAUAUCUGUGAUAUGUGCGUGUAGUGCUGUGUUUGUGGCGACCGUGGCCUCCCCACCCCGGACUGUGCAGUGUGCACGCCGCGCACCCCCCACUGAAAUGACAUUGUGUUGGCAAAGGACCCCAGCCGCCGAUACCAACUAUCCGAUUGUUAAUACGUAUAUAUAUUUGAAGUAAACGAUGGCGCAUUAUCCGCAACCGGCGUCGCUGGAGGCGGCGCUGCCGCUGCUGAGCCGGCCGGACCUGCGGCUGCGACAGCAGCUCGGCGAGCAGCUCACGGCGCUGGUGCGUCGCGAGCCAGACAUACCCAACGACCUCGCCGCGCAGCUGCUGGACGCGCUCGUCGCCUGGCUCAACGGCGGCAACUUUAAGGUGGCCCAGAAUGCUCUGGAGGUGAUGACCGCGCUGGCGGAGCGGAUGGGGCCGGACUUCUCACAUUUCGUGCCCACCGUGCUACCGCAUAUUAUAGACAGACUGGCGGACACGAAGGAGGGCGUGCGCCACUGGGCGCGGCAGUGCGUGUGCGCGCUGGGCGCGUCCCGCUGCGCGCCGCCGCGGGCGCUGCUCGCGCGCCUCACGCCCGCGCUCGCGCACAAGGCGCCGCACGCGCGCGAGGACGCCGUGCGCUGCAUACAGGCGCUGCUCGACACUCACGGCGCUGCAGAACUGCAGCUGCGGGCGGCGGUGCCGAACCUGGCGUCUCUGGUGGGCGACCCCAGCAGCGCCGUGCGCGACGCUGCCGUGCAGCUGCUCGUCGACGUGUACCGACAUGUUGGCGAGCGACUGAGACAAGACCUGAAGAAAAAGGAGUUGCUACCGACGCAGAAGCUGGCGCUCCUGGAGCAGAAGUUCGACGAGGCGCGCGAGGCUGGCCUGCUGCUGCCCACCGCAACAGCGGGCGCUGACGAGGCUGACUUCGUGUCCCGGACGGUCAAGAGGACCAUGACGAUCCCGACCUCGGGCAAGGCCCGGGAAGGCGACAGCUCCGGCGCCUCCACGCCAGCGUGCGAGCCGCCCAAGCGGACGGUGGGCGGGCUGUACAUACCGUCAGUGGUAAGGAAACCACCACCGCCAGCCAAGAUGACCAGCGCUGGCAGCGUAUCGAGCAGCGCGGGUGCGGGUGCGGGCGCGGGCGCGGGCGGCGAGGCGGGCGCGGUGUCGUGCGAGGCGUUCGAGGCGGCGUUCGCGAGCUCGGCGCCGGCCGCGGUGUACGGCGCGCGCGGGCUGGACGACCUGUGCCGCCACGCCGCCGCGCUGCUCGGCGACCGCGCCGCCGACUGGGAGAAACGCGUCGACGCGCUGAAGAAGAUCCGCUCUCUGCUAACGGCGAACGCUCACCAGCAGUACCCGGCGGAGUUCGCGGCGCAUCUGAAGGACCUGUCCGUGCCGUUCCUGGUGGUCAUCAAGGACCUCAGGAGUCAGGUGGUGCGCGAGGCGUGCAUCACGAUAGCGCACAUGGCGAAAGUGCUGAGGACCAAGUUGGAACAGUUCAGCCUGUACAUCCUGCAGGAGCUCAUCAAUCUCAUACAGAACGCCGCCAAGGUGGUGUCGUCAGCGGGCACGGUGUGCGUGCGGUACAUAGUGACGCACGUGCACUCGCCGCGACUGGUGCCCGUCAUACUCACCAACCUCACCACCAACAAGUCCAAGGAGAUACGAUCCACGCUCAGCGAGGUGCUAGUGAUGCUGCUAGAGAAGUGGUCCACGCCGGCGGUAGAGAAGCAGCAGCAGGCGAUACGCGACGCCAUCCGCCGCGCAUGCGUCGACGCCGACAGCGCCGCCAGGACGAACGCACGCAGAGCGUACUGGGCGUACAAGACGCAUUUCCCGGAGGACGCGGAGGCGUUGUUCACGCGACUUGACUCGGCCGCGCAGAAGCAGAUCGAGAGGGAGCGCAACAUCGGCAGCGUUGACAGUCUGCACCACGUCGGCACCGAGAGAAGAGCCAUAGUCAGCCCGAGAAGUCCGUCAGCGAGUGUUUCAGAGCGGUCGCCGAGCGGCGCAGUGGGCGCGGUGGGCGCGGCGGGGCGGUCGGCGUCGGCGGUGGACGCGGCGGCGGCGCAACGUGCGCGUGCGCGCGCGCUCUACUCACACAUGAGCCGCGCCAAGCUGCAGCCCGCCAGCACCGCCAGUCUGCCGCGUGCGAAGCGGUCACCGGCGACGGGCGCGAGCGGCGGGAGCGGCGCGGGCGGCGGCGUGCCGCCCAGCCCCGAGCGCACUGUCGGCCGCUCGCGCUCGCGCCCCGGCGUGUCGCAGUCGCAACCCACCUCCAGAUCCUCGUCGCCGUCGUCGCGCAACACCGGCCCCAUGUCGCUCUACAGCGCGCGCAGGAGACCCUCGGGCAUACCGAGGUCUCUGGCCGGAUCUAGAGAGACCAGCCCUACCAGGAGCGCGGCGCCGCGCAGCGCGCGCUCGAGCAGCGUGGUGGGGUCGGCGCUGCGCCGGCGCGAGAGCACGGAGCGCGCCGAGCGCACGGCGCCGUCGCGCACGCCCGCCGCCACGCUGCGCCUGCUGCAGCAGUCCCGGGACGCCGAGCACUCGCUCCGGAGUCCCGAAGACAGCUCGGCGUGCGAAGGUGGUAGGGGGCGUGACGACGACUCCGAGGCUUCCAGCGUGUGUUCGGAGAGAAGCCUUGAUUCCUAUAGAAGACAUGAUAGCGUGUCGUGGUCUGGUUCGGCGUCGCGGCUGGGGUGGGAGUGCGGCUCGCCCCCUCCCCCGCCGCACCCGGACGACAUCAUCGCCCUGUGCGCCUGCACGCACUGGACUGAGCGCAAGGACGGACUUACACAUCUGGCAAACUACCUGAACAGCGGUCGACUGCUGACCGACGAGCAGCUACGUCGACUGACCGAGCUGCUGAAUAAGAUGUUCGUGGACGCGCACACCAAGGUGUUCUCGCUGCUGCUGGACGCGGUGUGCGAACUGCUCCUGGUGCACUGGCAGCAGCUCAAGGACUGGCUCUAUCAGCUUAUGUUCAGAUUACUAAUGAAACUAGGCACGGACAUACUGGGCUCGGUGCAGAGCAAGAUUAUGAAGACUUUAGACGUUAUACACGAGUGCUUCCCCGCCGAAUUACAGCUACACAAUAUAUUCAGGUUCUUGUCGGACGGCGCGGCGGCGCCCGCAGCACGCACGCGCGCGGCGGCGCUGCGGUUCGUCGCCGACCUCGCGCUGCACUACUGCACGCCCGCCGCACUCGCGCAUGCGCUACACGGCGGCGCGUCGGGCGCGGCGGGGCGCGCGCUGUGCAAGAUGGCGUCGCUGGCGGCGGACGCUAGGGCCCCCGACGUGCGCAGCGCCGCGCGGACUGCGCUCGCCUGUCUCUACGACUGCAACCCCGUACCCUUCACAGCGCUGAUGAGCGAGCUGCCGGCGGACACGCAGGCGCUCGUCAACAGCGUGGUUCAACAGCAUGUACGAAGGACUUCCAGCACAGGCAGCGACAGCCCGCUGCGCACGGCGAGCGGCGCCAGCGGCGUCAGCGGCGCCAGCGCGCUCAGCGCCGUCGACGACGUGCACUCGCGCAUCCGCAAGACCACCAGCGAGAUACACACCUACACCGCGCACCACUCCAACGCGGAGUGCGGCAACUACAUGUCUAGCAAGGACUCCGGCAUCAGCCAGAUGUCGGACGUGACGCUCUCCAACAAGGGGCACAACGGAGUGCCCAACGGACACUACAACGCGGAUCCCCUGGGCCGCGCCGCAUCGGCAGACAGUUCGGAAGAAGCAAACAGCACCAAGGAAUCCUCACCCGUCCCGACCCACAACAGGCUGGAUUUCCCGCACCAUCAUGGGGAAUACAACUCGAGCAAUCUGGGUCGCGACAAAAUGAAACCUUACGAGACGGACGAGAAUGGAUACAUAGUCACCAAAUCGGGGCUGCGCGAGCCGGAGGUGCUGGAGGCGCUGGUGGCGCUGGACGCGGCGCGCGCGGCGCCCGAGACGGCCGAGCGCCUGCUGCUCGCCACGCACGAGCUGCUCAAGUACGGCGACUGCAGGAAGCCCAAGGAGUACUUCAAGAACAUAGUGCGGGUAGCUCUAGCGGUGCUGUCAACGGACGAGAACUCUGGUAACAAAGAAAACUCCGAAGCAGCCACCAACGCGCAGCAAACUUCCGGCUGGGGCACGGCGCAGGAGCGCGCGGCGGCGGAGGCGGUGAAGGUGCUGGUGUGGCUCUGUCGCCGCGAGGAGACGCGCCCGCAGUGGCAGGACUACUUCGACCUCAUCGUGCUCAAGCUCAUCCACGCCUACGAGUCGCUCAACAAGGAGGUCAUGCGCGCCGUCGAGGCCGGCAUGCCGCACAUCGCCAACGCGGUGCCCGCACACCAGGUAUUGGCGCUACUGCGUCCGGUGCUGCGCACGCGCGGGUUCCCGACGUCGCUGUGCGCGCUGAAGUUAGCGGCGGAGGUGGCCAAGGCGCGCCCCACCGAGCUGCCCGACGAGCUGGUGGCCGCGCUGAUGGAGGGCGUGGCGCAGCUCGCCGACCACCACAACUCCGCCGUGCGCAAGGCCGCCGUGUUCUGCAUGGUCGCCUUCACCUUCGCGCUCGGAGACGAACGCAUGCAGCCGCAUCUCAAGCACCUCUCCGUCAGCAAGUACCGGCUGCUGCAGGUGUACAUCAGCAAGCAGCGCGAGGAGGGUUCAAGAGGUGGCGGUGGAGGCGGCGGCGGGGGCAGCUCCGCGUCGUAGCGCCGGCGCACGCGCGCGCGCACCCACACACGCGCCACGCAGACGGACGCGCCCGCACACUAGCCACACCGCCACACCGCCGCACCGCCACAUGUCGCCUCACCCCGCCACGCGCCACACGCCGCCACUGCUGCUCAUUAUGUUGCCACGCGUAUUGGCGCACUUCGUAUUGUAUUUAUCGAUACAACUUGCGGACAGUAUAUAAUUGCUGCUUAAAAUAUCAACAGUUUUGAUAAUCAGAAUAAAUGAAAUUGAAAUCCAUACUAAUAGUAAUGAAGAUUUAAAAAAAAACUGUGUGCAAGUUUUAUCGGUAGAUGCUCGAGAGCGGUUGGUAUUUUUCGGAACCGAUGUCGACUCCACGAUCCGUCUACAUCGACUUACUGACGCGCUAUAAUUUGUUACGAGCACGUGUAUGCGUGGGGCGGGUCGUGUGGGCGCGGGGUUCGAUUCCGGAGCGGAUGUGUAUCACAAUUGUAGAGAUGGAUCUCCCGCGGCGGUCACCGUUGAAUUUAUAUAUUAUUACCCUUUAGAGAUGUUACACAAACAUCGAUAGUUUUCGAAAAUUUACAACGAAUCGUUUCGAUAUUACCGAGUACGUAAUUGACUGCCAUUCUGUAAGAAACCGUCUUAUGUUUGUGCGACAUUUCUAGGUCACUCAUAAAAUCGUUAAAAACUAAUAUACUAAAAUUCUAAUUGAUAUUUUUCACCAAAUCCAUAAAAGCCGUAACCACUUCGCUGUACCUCUAAUGAAGAAUGAUUGGAAGGCAAAAGUAAUGAGUGAGAAUGUCUCUGUCUCUGUUAAAAGUAUGGGAUGGUGUUGAGAGUUGUGUACUUGUGAUGUGAUGUAAACUUAGAUUGUAGGUGACACAAGCUAGGAAUUGCAGCUAUACACUGUAUCGAUGUUUUCAAAAUGAUAAAUAAAUAGAAAUAAUUCUAAAGUUUUUAAAUACUUAAAUCUAGGUAUUUUAUACUCUGUCAGACCUUGUUUAUUUAGGUACAAUUCAAAUAAAGGUUUCUUUAAUUUGAUAAUGGAACCUAGCUGUGUCAAAACUGAAAACUCAGUCUUCGGUGACAGAGAAUAAGGACUUAUUUAGACGGUGCUGUUAUUACCAUGUAUAUAUGUCGAAAACUCAUUCACGAAAGUUCGAUGUCCACACUGCUUUUUGUCGUGCUUUAUGCUGUCUUGUUAUAACAGCACCGUGUAAACUCGCCCUAAGUCGUAGGAAAAGCCGCGUUGUGCAUUUAGUUAGACAUUCCUAGUGUGAGACUAACUACUGUUUGAGAAAGGGUCUGAAUGUGAGACGACCAAGCCUGGAAACAUCAAAUAUGAUAUAGAAUAGUCAUUUUUUUUAUAGAAAUUAUUUACUGGUUUAGUUGAGUUAUGUAUCAGUACAUUAUUUCUGUUAAACAUAUGAUGACUAUUCCAUACUCUAGUCUGUGUAUCCAAACUUGUUAAAUAAUCUCUGUUUUUGACUACAAACAAAUCCAAAUGGCUUGUUGUUUACAAAAUAGCCAAUAUUUGAUAAAACGUUGGCCGCGGGAGAUAAAAGACAACCAAAUCAUUGGCGUAUAUUGUAUUGUUAAGUGCUUGUUAAGAAGGAAGCUUUGAGCGGUGUUAUGUGCACGUCGCUCCCACACUCCGCCACUGUGGGCUGUGGAAUACCCGGGCAUAAACAAUGUGUAGGCGUAAACGCGAGCAGUAUUGUCUAUCACUAAGCUGUCAGAUGAAAUGAUUCAAAAUGAAUUGAAGAAAUAAACAAACACAUGUGUUCCCAAAUUCAUACUAAGAUAAAAAUUCCCAGUAUCAGAAAAUACGAGGGUCCUUCAACUGUACAAAAAUAGAUAGCACGUAUAAAUUGGCUGUGAUUUAAAGUCGAUAAUAUUGGGCUGUGCUGGUAAGGAAAA